AUGUACUUACCAGUAGACAAACCUUAUUUUUAUAUGUCACCAUCAGAGUUUAAUAAUAUAGUUAGUAAUAUUCGUGGAGUACGUGUGUUGAAAGUGAAAUGUAAAGUUGUUAUGCGUAAUCCUAGAACGGCUUUUGAGACCAACGCGUCAACAAGUAAUUUGGCAACUUUAAAUCAAAAUAAAUUUAUACAACAUGCAACUGGUUUAGUUAAUUGCACUAGAGGUUUUAAUACGGUAUAUGAAUUUGCUACUGCAACUAACCCUAUGGUGCCGACAUCUUGUAAAAUAAUCGAUACUACAUUUAUGAAAAAAGUAAUAAGUGCUAUAAGUAAUAUGUACGGGACAAAAAAUGACGACUGGUUGAAACCGAAUUGGUCCGCAGGUGCAACUUUACCAUGUUCGUUUAUGAAUUUGCUUAUGCAAUUUCCAGCUUAUUAUACUAUGUAUGCAAACAGUGCUCAAAAUCAAGGGAAAAUUGGAUGGCAAAAUAUUAAUGAACACGUAACAAAAAUGGAUGCUAGCGCAGUUAUAGGUACUACAAUUAUUGAUUACGAAUAUACAACUACUUUAUCAUAUUUAUCAAUGCCGUGGAAAGCAAUAUUUGCGGGACGAGCGGAGUCUAACGGCACGAACAAAGAAUCUUUUAAUCUCGCAGAUACUAAUAGUAUUGCAUUACCUAAUAGUUAUACAAUGGAUAACACUAAUGGUACGUGUAAAGCCGACGUAUCUAAUAAUUAUUCAUUGUUGACUGACGCUAAGUGGAAACAAUAA